AUGAAACCCUCCACAACGCGCGUCUUAAGCCGGCGCAUCCACUCGUUCGUUGAGUCCCGAUCCCACCUCAGCACCAGCUCGCAAUGCCUUCGUCCUUCAACCAUCACCAUCACCAACCCAUCUAACCUACGAGUACCACGACCACGCCUCGCAACUCAACCCAAACCCCAAACCCCAGCGCAACAAACCCGCCCCUUCCUCUCCUCUUUCCUCCCCUCGGGCGGCUCCAACAACAACGAGCCCAAAGACCGCGUCCUCACUGCCACCCGCACCCUCCCCUACGCGCCCGCCAGCCUCUUCCGCGUCAUCUCCUCCGUCGAAUCCUACGCCGACUUCCUCCCCUUCCUGUCGGCAUCGACGGUCACGCACCGCGACCCGGGAACUGGGUACCCGUCGCGCGCGUUCCUGACGGUCGGAUACGGACCGAUCAGCGAGACAUUCACGUCGAAGGUAGAUUGCGACGAGAGCCGGUGGGUAGUGGAGGCGCGCAGCGGAGCGAAGUUCGGGGUGGAUUCAAAGGAUGGGCAACCACAAGGAGGGCAGGGGAUCACGCAGAGCCAGGGUCAGUCGUCCGGUGGCCUGCUCGGGGGCAUCUUCCCCGGUGCGAAUGAGGGGAUCUUUGAGUAUUUGAGUACGAAGUGGGAGUUGGUUCCUGAAGCGGAGAGGACGACGGUGCGGUUGCGCAUUGAGUUUGAGUUCAAGAGUCAGUUGCAUGCGACGAUGAUGAAGGCUGUGGAGCAUCAGAUGGCGACCGCGAUGAUUGAUGCGUUUGAGCAGAGGAUAAGGGAGGUGGAGCGGUGGUGA